AUGUGCACAAUUGAUGAGCUUCUUACCUUUAAUCAAGAAAAUAAUACAGAUGCUGAUUUUGCAGUUGACCAAGAGAAUGGUGAAUGUCAAGAAAGUGAAUCAUCAAUUAGUGAAUCAGAUGAAAGCAUUAAUUCACAACUACAAAAAAAAAAAAAAGAGAGCAUUCGUACGAGUGUCUUAAUAUUAAAGCAACAUCUAGAAGACAUACAUAAUAUUAUUGCAUCAAAACAACAAAAAAAAAGACUUAUGAAUGAUCAUAAUACUCCCUACUCAGUAGAAGAAUGGCAAGA